AUGAGGAACCACCUUUACUGCGCAGCUCUCGUCCUUCUCACGGUGUUUGGCUGUGGUUGGACUGCAGCAGUGCAGUGUCGGUGGGGAGAAGGGUGUGUAUGUCUGCAAUGCCCUGCAGGCGAGGAGCCCUGCAAGGCUUGUGGGCAGAUCCAAAGUCCAGCAGAGGAAGUGAAAUGCCGAUUGUGCCCGACGGGAACCUUUUCGGACGCAUUUGACACUGAGCUUUGCCGUCCUCAUGCCUACUGCGAGGUCGUCAAUCGGAAGGUCGCGACCCCUGGCACCGCAACCUCAGAUGCCGUCUGUGGAGACUGUCUGCCCGGGUUUUAUUCCUCUACCUCCGGGGAAGUUUCCACCCAGAGUCCCUGUGUGAAAACAUUACUUGUCAGAACAGUUCGCACAGUGGGAAAAGGUUUGUCUGCUGGUGCAGGAGGAACAAUCAAUGGCACACUGGUGCAGAGUGCUGAGGAGAAGACGGCCGAAUACGCUGUUUUUGCCUUGGUGCCCAUCUUCUGUGUGAUGGGCCUGUUGGGUAUCCUCAUCUGCAACAUCCUGAAGAAGAAGGGAUACCGCUGUGCGGCUGAGAAGGAGGGAGGGGAUGAGGAGAUGGCCACACAACAAAAAGAAGGUAGCACCUGUCCCUACAUAUCUGACGACCUCAAUGAAGACACCAUCGGUGUCCUCGUUCGCCUCAUCACUGAAAAGAAAGAAAAUGCUGCUGCACUGGAGGAGCUGCUGCUUGAGUACGAGAGCAAACAGAUGGCCUUGAAAGGAUCCUCAAUCAAGUUUCCCAUGCUGUCUCCCCUGUCCACAUUCUGCUCCCUCCCCAGACUCUGCCCCCAUCAGUCCCACCUCCACACCAUCUCCGGCCUCUCGGGCCUGGCCCCCAAACACGGCUUACGUUGCACCCGUUGCGCUCAGAGAAAAUGGCCGGCUUUUCUCAUACCUCCUCUGGAUUCCCUCAAAGAUCCACUGAAGCCCCCGCAGACCCUCAUCCUGCCCUCCCUGGACACAUCCACCGACCAGCAGAAGACCCCCCUUCUGGCGGGAGUGUGUCUUGACAUGCACCAUCCCCCAACUGUCGUGCCAAAUACUUUAAAUGAAAAAUUAGAAGUGACUGAAGUGAAGGAGAAGAAGGAGGGAGAGCUGACAGUGUUGUCUGUGGGGAGAUUUCAAGUUGCUCAGAUUCGUGAGCAGCAACCUGUCACCAUGGAAACCAAGACAUCAUCCCAAGAAGCAGAGAAGCAGAGAAACUCACUGUUUGGUGGGAAACACUUCUCCUCUUCAUCAUCUGGCAUCUGGAGGUCGUCCUUGUACCUCCCUAUGUCCUUCAGAUGAGGAGUGAGAGAAAGACGGUGUACGAUGAAGCUACCUCGCUGAAGAUGACCUCAUCAUCCUCUGACGACUUCACAGCACGGGGAGUAGUGUUUUGUUUAAUGCAACUGACACCAAGAAACUACAAGAACCACCUCCUGCUGGAAGACGUCAUGUCUAUUUAUGCAAGAAGAGAAACAUUCAUGUAUUUAUUACUACAUAAAGAGUAGAUCAACUGAAGCUGCUUCACUGUCCCCAUCCAGAGUGGGAAAGGCUCGAUCAGUGGAUAUAUUUAUUUCUCGUGAAGUGAACAAUUAAUCAACAAGUGACACUAGACGAAGGGAUGAGAAAACAAAGUGUGGAAGUUUGUAUAAGAAACAAAGUCACCUUCAGUCCCUGUAUUUGCAUUUCAAUUAAAAAUUCAAGUCUAUUAAAAUAGACCUGGGGGUUAAAACAUACACGACACAUCACUACAUCAAGACAAACAGACAGUAUUUUACUAUAAGAAACUCAAACAGUAGUGAGAGUAACCAAAUUCAUUCAGAGGUGUGUAAAGAAACAAGAAAGGAACAUCAAGUUUGAGUUUGAAGGUUGGUCCAUCACAUCAUGCAUGAUUACAGACUCCAGUCGCACCACAGAAAGUAUUAUGAAGACAAACUGUUGUAAAAACGCAAUAUGAUUUCUAAGUUUGAGAUAUUUUGUACAAGUUCUGUGAUUUAGCAUCUCUUGCUCCUGCUCACAUAGAAAGUGCAGGUGAGUGAAAGGCUCAGACCUUGAGGAAUGUUGAAUGUAGAAGGAGCUCACUUCACUUGGACUUAUUGAACAUCAGAGAGUUUGAAAACCAUUUGUUCUGCAAUGUACACCCACCCACAAUCAGCACUUAUAGUAAUGUAUGUGACUUUUAACCUCUUAGACAAGAUGCGGGACCAUAAGAAUACGUGAUCAGAGGCCAAAUUAUGUUUUAGAGGGGCCCCCUGAUACUGUAUCACAGCAUCUGCUUUCCAAUAACAAGAAUCAGCCUUUCACUCUCAGGGCAAAAUAAGUACGAAGUGUAUAAAGCUCGGUUUUGUAGAAUAGAACAUGUAAAUGAAUGUACAUAUGUAAAUAUGGGUGGGUAUCAAGAAACGGACCAUACCUUGCUUUUAUAAUUUUUAGUAUAUGUUUGGGUGAUAUACUAGAUCUCGUGUCAAGGUAAAGACGGCACCAGUGAGUGACAUUUGUAAUCCACCAAUCAAAACCUGGCAAACUCCUCGCACACCUCAGUGCAGAGAAAACCGAAUCGACCUUUUUAAUUCAGUUCAGUUUUAACUUUUCACCAUUUGGCUGCAACAUUUUAGUGAAAUGCUUUUCUGUGCAAAUAACCCAACCUCAGUUAAGUAACGACUCCCACACAAAUAAACAUACACACAGGGAUGCGUGAUCCUUUCUUUAUAGUUUCAUUAAAUCAACCAUGGCUGCAGAGGAUAAGUCGUAGAGAUGCUUCAAAAUCUUGUCUUUAGUUUACAUCCUCAUGGGUUUUAAAGAGUGCACUAUAUUCAUAG